GUUGUCUUCAGCUGCUUCCCUUCUCAAAUGCUUCAGGGCGAAGUCCGUCGGAUUGAAUUGUGUCUAACUAAUUUGGGUGAGAGGCCACUCUGUCACCUUCGUCUGGCCUCUAACUGGCCUGGAUUUUUCAGCCUUGGCUUUGACGAAUUUGCCUCUGAUACACUAUCUACCGCCGUAUAUCCUACCGUUAUAUGUGAUGGCUCUAUUAACUCCAAGUCUCAGCAGGUUGGUCAAAACCCUUUAUAG